GUUCGAAACGUGCGUCCUUAGCGCUUCGAACUUGGACGCUGCCUAGGGGUGUCCCGAGCAUCCCAACCGAGGUUCGGCCUCGCACCCCAGUAGCCCCAAAACAUGUUUUUUUUCGGCACUGCUCGAUUCCAGUUUCGUUUUCUCAUCACGACCCGCACCACCCCAAUCCGUCCGAUGCCACCCGCGAAUAAGUCCCGUGGCGAAGGUGACGCUGACAAGCUGAUGGGAGGCAUGGCAUCGGUCGUGUCAGAGACCGAUCAGAGCAACACGAAAGCUUCGGGCGUUGAGGACAACGUCAAGUCCUCGGCCGAGAUGAAAACGAUCAUCUCCCCGCAUGUCGCGCGUAUGGACCACACUGAGGCUUGCAUACACGAACACAAUGAGAAGCUCCAGGCCGACCUGAAGAAACUCGUCGAAACCGCGCUUGAGACCAAGUGGGAAUCCUCGACUACGGCAUCCAGCGGUCCUUCACCUACCGUGCGGAGCUCCGUGUCCCGACGUGGGAUGCUUGGUGACUCGCCCACCGACGCGUCUAAGUUUUGGAUAGGAGGUUCCACGCGGCCCAUGUUCAGCACCGCCAUGGUCGAACACGCCAAGAAGGUGCCCGUUUCGAUUCCUGCGUAGAUGGCCCAGGAUGCAUCUUACAAGUGCCACGACCUGAACCAGAGCUACUUCAUCAAGUUCGGGACCGAGGCGAAAGCGAAGACCUUCCUCGACUGCGCGCGGAGCGAGGGCCUGAGCCACGAGGACCCCGUGCAUUAGAAACGCAUCCCGCUGCGACGCCGCUUCGACGCGCCGCUCACGGUGCGCUCCAAGAACAAGAUCCUCGGAGGCAUGUGGCAGCAAGUCCUCGCUCACCUCUGGAACCUGAUGCUCUGGGACCCGACAAAGCUUGCGAUCGGUUUCAACGGCUACAAGGGCUGCCUCUGUAUCGUCGACCGAGAAACGCAGGAUAUCGCGGUCUUGUUCCGCAUCGAUCAGCUCAUAAUGGGGUUUUCGACGUCGACCCCGGCUCCGGCGGCAUCUUUCGUUUUAGGAUCAAGCACGUGGAGGCGACCAAGAUGAUCGGCGCAGCCCAGAGGCUGGUCGCGGCCGCGUCUUGCCCUGCGCGUGCGCACUGACCCCCGCUAGGGGCUGGUUGCGUGCUGCGUGCUAUGGUGAAUUCAGUUCGGCUUAGAUGCGGCCACCGCCUCGGAACUUGGAACCGCAUGAAACGCCAACCGAGCUCCUCGAGCGCGGCGGAGCUAUCUCGCGCAUGCGUUCGCGCACUGUCUCUUCCAUUUCGUCUUCCACCUCAUCUACUGGCUCCACGUUGUCCACUCGUUUCUCUUCGUCUUCUUCUGCCAGCUUUUCGGUUGGUGCUUCCUGCUCCUCGGGCGGAGCUUUCGUGCCAACUGUGCCGCCCCAUCGUUCUCUGCAGGUGGCGCAUUGGGUUCGGCGCAAUCUUAUCAUGACGACUUGGAAUUGGCGCACCCGUUUUGCAUCUGUCCACUUUUUUUCCCAGAUGGUCCAGCGAGCGUUUCAGAUUAUAGCCAAGGUAUCCCCAAGCAUGACAUCAUAUUUGUUCAGGAGACGCACGGGCAGGAGAGAGACUUAUUGCACCUGUGCGAGGAAGCGUUCGACCUUCGAGCGCGGGGCUCCUUCUUUCCCUCGGGCAUAUCGG